AUGACGUCCAUUGAGGAACUUAAGGCGAAAAUCGAGAGGCUGGAGCAGGAGCUAGCCGUUGAAAAAUCUAAAAACUCAAAUGCUCCAGUGCGAGGGAAGAUUGCUCAGAUGUCAUCUGAAGUUGUUGAUUCCAAUCCAUACAGCCGCCUCAUGGCGUUAAAGAGGAUGGGAAUUGUUGAUAACUAUGAAAAAAUUCGAGAACUGUCUGUGGCUGUUGUCGGUGUUGGUGGCGUUGGUAGUGUCACCGCUGAAAUGCUGACUAGAUGUGGUAUUGGAAAGCUUGUGUUGUUUGACUAUGAUAAAGUUGAACUUGCCAAUAUGAAUCGACUCUUCUUCCAACCCCAUCAAGCUGGUCUUUCAAAAGUCGCUGCUGCUGCACAUACUCUUAUGGAUAUUAACCCUGAUGUAGAAAUAGAAACCCACAACUAUAAUAUAACUACCAUGGAAAAUUUCAAUCACUUCAUGGAAAGAAUUAACACAGGCAGUUCAACUGGAGGACCAGUUGACCUUGUUCUCAGUUGCGUUGACAAUUUUGAAGCACGCAUGGCAAUUAAUACAGCCUGCAAUGAGCUCAAUCAAAUCUGGUUUGAAUCUGGUGUGUCUGAGAAUGCAGUUUCGGGUCAUAUUCAACUAAUCAAACCAGGAGAAACUGCAUGUUUUGCGUGUGCUCCACCUCUUGUUGUUGCUUCCAAUAUUGAUGAGAAAACUCUCAAGAGGGAAGGUGUGUGUGCUGCAAGUUUGCCUACCACAAUGGGUAUAGUCGCUGGCUUCCUUGUUCAAAAUACUCUCAAGUACCUUCUCAAUUUUGGCCAAACUACACACUACUUGGGCUACAGCGCACUCACUGACUUUUUCCCAACGAUGCAGCUGAAGCCAAACCCAACGUGCGAUGAUUCAUUUUGCCAGGAGAGGCAAAGGGAAUUCGCUGCUCGCCCUAAGCCUGAAGUCUGUGAUGAUGGUGUUCCCGUGGAAGAAGAAGUGGUUCAUGAAGACAAUGAUUGGGGUAUUUCCCUGGUUGAUGAAACACCUGCUAACACCACUGAAGAAAAUGUUAGUAAACCAGUUGGCCUUGCUCAGGGUGUCAGUGUUGCAUACGACCUUCCAGCGCCAAACAGCGGUAGCUCCGGGCCUACUGUACAAGAUACAGACAUUUCUCUUGAGCAACUGAUGGCACAAAUGAAGAAAAUGUGAUUUAAGUUAUUCAACUGCUCUUGGUUGAGACUGGGAAAAAAUAUUGAACUGUUGUUGAUUGUAGAUAAGUGUUGUGGAGAUCUAGGAUGUAAUUUUUUGACAAGGCCUUACCACUAAAGAAGUCUGCCUUCACCGCUGUUUUGUGACAUCUAUUGUCGAGACAUUUUUUCCAACAUCCAUCACUCUAUAAUCAAGGACUGGUUUUUAUCUUUUAAAAUGUUGUUAAUUUUUGAAGUUUUUAUAUUUUGUUUUUACACGGGUUCUUGUGAUGUCAUGAAUGAAUUAUUGUCUGUAUUUCAUAAUUUAUGUGUCAGUAUUUUUGUAACAUUAUUCCAUUACAAUUGAUUUUCUAUCCACUCUCUAUGACAUCCAAAUAAAUUUUUCUGCCAGCAGA